AUGGAGAAAAAGAUGAAGAGUUUGGUGCCAAUUUUGCAUCCUUCGCAGGUGACCACAAUUGAUGUUAACCAGCUACGCCAAGACUCCCGUACAAGGCCCCUAAUGCUCCAAACUAUUCAUGAUGCUUGCCAAAACAAGGGUUUUUUUCAGAUUGUGAAUCAUGGAAUAAGUCAAGGAGUCAUUGACGAUGCUCUUGGUUCAUUGUCAAAUUUCUUCGAAUCGGCAAUGGAGGAGAAGAAGAUAUUCUUGUCUGAUGAUGUAAAGAAGCCAGUGAGAUUUGGGACUAGUCGAAGCAAUGGUGACGCCGGUAAGGUGUCAAGGGACUUCAUCAAGCUCUAUGCCAACCCUAUAGAAGAUUGGAUUGUUGAUGGAUCCAAGCUUGGAGAGGAGCCUUUGAAACUGAUGGGAAGCCAGAGGUUUAGUGAAUAUAUCAGCCAGCUGAUCGAAGCUUUUUACGUAAUGCGUCUGAAUCACCUGCGACUGUACUUGUUCACGGAUAUAGUGACAGUCGACUUCAAUAUGCUUCGUCCUCUCGUGAAAGACGGGGUUUGA